GCGCGCGCACAUGUCACACUCGCGUGAUACGCGGCGAACGUGUAACUUAAUUGUGCUGGUGGUAGAUUAGGUAGAUAUCGGGUGGUAGUGCGGGGUAUGUGAGUGCAGUGAUGAUGCUAGGUGGUAUGGACGGUAAGGAGUACGGCGCGCUGCACGCUGCGGCCGCCGCCGCCGGGUACGCGAUGGACACCGGUGAGUUUUAUCCAAAUGCGGCGGCGAUGAGUAAUCCUGGCAUGGGUCCAGGCUCGCAACAGUACGGGGAAGUCAACCAGCUUGGUGGCGUCUUCGUCAAUGGCAGACCUCUGCCUAACGCCGUGAGGUUAAGAAUCGUGGAAUUGGCACAGUUGGGCAUCAGGCCCUGUGAUAUCAGUCGACAGCUGCGCGUGUCACACGGCUGCGUGUCGAAGAUUCUAGCUCGAUACCACGAGACUGGCUCCAUUUUACCCGGCGCCAUCGGUGGCUCCAAGCCUCGAGUCACCACACCUAAGGUUGUGUCCUACAUAAAGCAACUGAAAGCUAAAGAUCCGGGAAUAUUCGCGUGGGAGAUAAGGGAUAGACUACUGGCGGACGGAGUCUGUGAUAAAUACAACGUGCCCUCAGUGUCCAGCAUCAGUCGAAUCUUGCGCAACAAACUCGGGGGCACCCUGUACCCUGUACCACCGCUGUACCCUGUACCUCCUCAGAGAUGUUGGCCGUUACACCAGCCAUAUGAUUAUUAUGUGUAUCUCCAAGGCCGGCAGCACGCGGCGAGCGCGCCGCACGCGCUGCCGCACGCGCACGGGCCGCCCGCGCCGCACCACGCGCACGCGCACGCCUUGUGACCGACGUACGCGCCGCGCUGACACACCUGCGGUGAGCGGCGAGGUAUCGAUGGAAGUAAUUAAUCUCACCUCCUGUAAUAAGAAACAUUUCUAUAAAUAAAAGUAUAAUUGAAUAAAGUAUAAAAACAUCGAUGCGAUCCUUACGUUCGUUUCAUUGUAUUUUUGAAACAAAUCGCAGACUGAGCUACGUUACAUUAAGUGUUGGAGAUAAACCCGAGACCAAGGAUGUGUUGUGCUUGAGAUAAUAUAGACUCCUUUUAUAUGAAGUGACUAUUGUUGUAAGUGAUGGGCAAAAGGUGAUAAAGCCUGUUACGGCUUAUUAAUAAAUAAAUAAUAAUUUAAAAUGUAUUUUAAUAGAUAUUAAAAUGAAAAGCAAGUUGUUAUCUCUGCUCAUAGAUGUUUGGCCGUAACAAUUGCGCAAAAUGUAGACGAAAUUAAAAAAAAAACAGAGUAGCUUAAUAUGUUAAAAAACAUUAUUCAAAAUAAGUAUCAAAAAAUUAGGGCAACAUAUUUGCAUUGUGACUAUGAUGUUGAAUUCAGUUUGUCUGUAUUUUGUGCCGUAAAUUGCUUAUUAUUUAAUCCAUACCGGUAAAGUAAUUGCAAUUAAGAAUAAUAAUAAUCACGAUUCCAUGUAAAGCAGUGUGUUAAAAAACAUUCAAUAACUAAUUUUGUAAUGACGCGGUUAAUACGAAAAAUCUAUUGGGAUUGUGAAUGCAUUGAUAGACGUAAAUAUUUUUCUCUAAAAAUAUUUCCAUAAUAUUAAACAAACGCAAUAUGUGGAAGAUAAGUUUAAAAAAAAUUCAAUUUAUGUGAAAUUUUAGCCUUUUUCGAAACUCAUAUGUAAUGUAAUGAUGAAAUUAUUAAUGUAAAUAUUGAAAUAAAAAAAAUAUAAAGUAUUAACGGCAUGUACAUAAUAUAUAAUGCUAAGCAAGGUAUUAUUAGUUGUAAUAAAGAAAUUGAAAUUUGUACAAAGUUUGAAGUGAAAUUUUUAUAAUAAAUUUUAAUAAAUAUCAAAAAAUAAUUAGGGUUUUUGAGAAGAUUGCAUUUGCCUUGAUAUUCUAUCACCUUCGAUGACUUUAGAAAUCAGUUUCAUUAUAAAAAAGCUGUAAAAGUGUGGUCCUUUGUACAUAUUUUAUUGAACGAGAAUAUUCUAUAACCGAUACAUACUGUAGAUCAGUGGCAUUGCAUUAUCGUUUUUUAAGUGUAAUAUUUAUUAUGUUUUAUUUUUUAAGUAUUAAUUAUUCUAAAACAAGAGUAAAUACAUAUUUACUCUUAGAUAGGUGCUAAAGAACUAUCUAUUUAUAGUUAUAUAUCUUCAAAUAAAUCUCAAUUAAAGAUAAGAUUCGCGGGAGAAUGUCUUUGUCUACCGUUGGUCCACAGUAUAAAUAUUUUUCGUGUAUAAAUAAUAAGGAUAGUUGCAAUGAUGUAAAUAGUCGUCCAAUUUAAGUUAGAUUAUAAGGCAAAUAUGGGUACUUAUCUAGGUAUGAUAGCCACAAUUAUAAUUUAUCUUUCUUUACCUAUACCUGUAAUGGGAAUUAUCAUUUUCUACAAUAUUGUAUUUUAUCUGGAUUUUUAAUCUAUAUAUCGAUUAUUUUUAAGUAUUGUAUAUAGUACACAUAUGGUACUUAUCUAAAAAGUAAA